AUGGGCCAGGGCACCAUCAACCCAGGCAUCACAGCAGCGGUCAUUGUGGUGUCAGUGGUAGUCAUCUCCACUGUGUUGCUGGCGCUGUUUCUGUGUCUGUACCGCAAGAAACGCGUGCACUACGAAAGACAGCUGAGUGAGAUUAAGAAAAAAGCACACUGGGUGGAAGGUGACACCGAUGAGGCGCAUCUGCUGUUUGAAGCUGUGCAAACCAUUGACGGGUGGAUUGAACGCGACCAAUUCGUGUCUCUGGAGAAGAUUGGCAGCGGUAACUUUGGGGAUGUCUUCCGAG